AUGAAGGACCUCACACAGGAUCGGACAGCCGGAAUGAUGAUGCUACUCGCGGCGUCAGCGCGGGUUGCGGCGAUCUGCCUUGGGGCCCCGGCCAUCGCCGGAGGAUUCGCGGGAGACGUCAAACACCUGGAAGCCGCGUUCAGCAAGGACGUGCAAGAGCUGGGCUACCUCUCUCCUGACUGCGUGCUGCUCGAGCUAGACUUGGCAUGCAAGCUCCGUCAGACCCAUCCUCACCGGUUCCUCAACGAUGCGCGGAAUCCGGAGGUGGGGAAUUUCUUCAAGGGUUUGAACAAGGAACUCUACACGGUCGAAGCCGUGCUCCAGACCGCGUUCGCCAUGCAGCCGCUGCUCACGAUUUCGGAUCUGGAGGCUGCAGUCUUGAAGAUGUGCGCACCUGCGCACACAGUUGUGGGAAAUGACUGGCUGAAGCGGUGUGCGAUGCCAACUUGA